AUACUUAUACUCAGGCAACGAGGCUUAACCUUUAAAGGCUGCAGAGCAGGAGCUUGUGAAAAUGAGCCAAGGGUUGAGUGAGACACAGGAUUCCACCUGCGACUGAUCUAUGGUUCUAGGAUUUAUCUUGACGAAUAGAGAGAUAUCCCCCAACUCCGGUCAGAUACGAUGAAUCACAACAGACGGAGGAAGGGGCCAGGAAUCAAAACAUCAUCCGGUGACGAUUACUCGACAUCGUUGGUUUCCUUGCCCGUGAUUUUGGUGCCAGGUUAGUGUCUUGCCUAACCUGAGAAAUACGAACUAGAUGACAAUUGGGUAGAUAUGAGAAAACGUGGUGAAAUAAUGUUAAUGAUCAUCGCACCGAUUUUGAGCAGCAUGGCCUCACUUGGGGUAGCACGGUGUCGGCAAAUUUCUGGAUAUAAGUGGAUGAUGCAGCUUGCUCUAAAGGAGGACAUGAUAUUGCGGUAAAACAGCCACCGGAUGAAGUCACGGUGAAUUUUUCGGAUACACUGAUGAUAGUCGACGAUAGCUUAACAUUACUUUCAGGAUAGUGCUUUGAGAUUAAUCUGACAUAUCUAUUCGUGAACGGGAUGGCGAGGUUGACUGAGACAUGAUAGGAUGGGCGGAUAAGAAGGC